GGAAAAACUGAAGACAACAUGUCAUUUUCACAACUCAUUUCAUAAGGAAAAUCUCAUUCAUAAGUCGAGUCUUUUACGCGGCUUAGCAACCGGUGAGAGCGUUGGCCUCCCGCUUGUGAGGAUCGGGGUUCCAAUCCCUUUGCGUGCUCUCCCCGGGGCCGCAAGUGCGGCUUUUCUCCUACAUCCCUAAAACAUUCAUCGGAGACUCGAAAUGAAUCAUUAAUAAAUCGAAAUCUGCGACGGGCUGGCGACCGGUUCAGCCUUUUCCCCACGCAGGCGGGCGGCCGCCAUCUCCGUCCGUGCUGCGGAAACUCCAGCUGGGACCGUCGCCGCCGUCAGCUGCGCUUUUCUCUCGGUCCCAUGUUUCGGGGAGCUCCCUCGUUGAAGGCCGGCCUCCCCUCCCGCUCAUGUGCACGGUUGACAAGCGCAAAGACGCUAGUUCAGCGCACUCAAGAGUGGAAAUUUGGUUCGCUAAAGUCGGUCAGCUCAACUUUCCUUAUCAAGCACUUUCAAAGGAAAAAUGCAUCUUGGUACAUUGAGCCACUGGCGACUUUCAUCCAGCCACGGUCCGAGCCGCUUAUCCUGCUGGAGUCGAACCCGGGCGAGUGGCGGGGAACGCGCCCCGAACUGGGCACGCAGGACUGAACCGUUCGCACUCGCAAUCAUUUCAAUCAACCGCGAACAUUUUAGGGUCUCCGAUGAAUCCCUGUUUUGGGGGUGUGGGAGGAAAACUGCAAAGUCCACAGCGGCGAGGUCGGUGUUUUGAACCCCGCUUUUCCGAAUUGUGAGGCGGACACCCGAACCCCCCACCGCGCGUGGGCACAGGGAAGACAUUUUGUAAACAUUCAGCCAAGAAACAAAAUGAAUAACAAACAUGACAUGUCGAAAUCUCCCAGCUCGUCUUGGGAAAGAUUGUUUUGUUCUUUUAAAGGCAAACGUUCCAUAUGAGCUGUGAAACGUUUGUUUUGAAGAAGUUGUCCAAAGUGUGCGGCUGAAAGUUGACGCGCGAGCCAAAACGCCUCUCAAGUCUUUGACAUCACCGGCAGCCAAUCACAACGCGAGCCUUUGUGCUUCGCUCCGCCCCUUCGUCCCUCACGCCUUCUUCAACUUGUCCGUCUUUGGUUUUCCCACAGUCCUCGGAGGCACCACCGCAGCCAUUCAGUCGCGUUCUUAGAAUUCCCGUUUGGACCGAGCGGCACCGGGAGGAGACGGAGGAAGAGAGAUGUUGGGGGCGGAGGCGGGCCGGGCCCUCCUGGUCCUGACGUUCCUGGCGACGGCGGCCGGAGACGUCUCGCUCGGGUCCGACCGCGGCACGGCCGCGAUCCGCGGUGCCGAGCGCGCGCCGUCGGCCGUGGUGGACGCGCAGCGGGCCGAGCGGACCCAGAAGAGACACCUGGAGGCGCUCUUCAACAGGUACGGCGAGAACGGGAGCGUCUCCCUGGCGGGCCUGAAGCGCCUCCUGCGGAGCGUGGGCUUGGACCUCAUCGCGAGCGUGACCGUGCAGCACCGCCAUCAUCGCCAAGACGAAGAAUGGCACCAGCCCACCCGGACCCCCGAGGAGCGGGACGGGCGCGGCGCGGCGGGAAACCGCACACACGAGGGGCACGAAGGCCGCGAUCGGCGUGAAGGCCACGGUCACCGCGACGACCACGGCCGCCAUUACCGUGACCACCAGCAUGUUGAGUGUGAGAACGCGUCGAGCCUUCUGGCGUCCCACGGGAUGACGCAAGAUGGCGGCGUUACGCCGGACGAGUUCGCCUACCUUUGCCCGGCGCUCCUGCACCAGAUCGACGCCGGCGCCUGCAUCCUCCACCGAGACCACCGCCAGAGCCGCGGUCGCCACGACAACCAGAGCGAGCCCGACCACAGCGAGAGCGACAAAAACCUCGCCGCAGCGUGGCUGGGCGGCUUCCUGUCCGUCACCGUCAUCAGCCUCCUGUCGCUGGUCGGCGUCGUGCUCAUCCCGCUCAUGAACAGGGUCUUCUUCAAGUUCCUGCUCAGCUUCCUGGUGGCGUUGGCCGUGGGCACGCUCAGCGGCGACGCCUUCCUGCACCUCAUCCCUCACUCUCAGGGAGGACAUCAGCAUUCCGGACACGAUGGGCACGACCACCACCGCGACAACCGCGACCAGCACGACCUGGACGGCGUUUGGAAGGGUUUGACGGCUCUGGGCGGCGUCUACUUGAUGUUUCUCAUCGAGCACUUCCUGACGCUGGGAAAAAUGUACAAGGACAAGAAAAAGAGAGAGAUGCAGAAGAACAAGGCGGACCCCGAGAAGCCGCCGGCCCUGAUGGACGACAUCCUGAAGGCGAGCGAAGACGUCGAAACCACCAACGGCGGCGGCGGCGUCUUUCCCGAGCGCCCGGACGAGGACGGCGUGGCGGAGGAGGAGCAGGUGAUGCUGAAGUCGGCGACGGCGGCGGCCGAAGGGGCUCGGAACUACACGGCGGAGGAGUGCGAGAACAAAUGCCACUCGCACUUCCACGACACGGUGGGCCAGGCGGACAGCCUGCACCACCACCACCACGACUACCACCACAUCCUGCACCACCACCACUCCCAGAACCACCACCCGCACAGCCACACCCACUCCUUCCCGCAGCACCACUUCCAGCGGGCCGGCGUGGCCACGCUCGCCUGGAUGGUCAUCAUGGGGGACGGCCUGCACAACUUCAGCGACGGCCUGGCCAUCGGCGCGGCGUUCAGCGAGGGCUUGUCGAGCGGCCUCAGCACGUCGGUGGCCGUCUUCUGUCACGAGCUCCCUCACGAGCUAGGCGACUUUGCGGUGCUGCUGAAGGCGGGCAUGACGGUGCGGCAGGCCAUCCUGUACAACGUGCUGUCGGCCACCGCCGCCUACCUGGGCAUGGUGACGGGCAUCCUCAUCGGCCAUUACGCCGACAACAUCUGCACGUGGAUCUUCGCCCUCACCGCCGGCCUCUUCAUGUACGUGGCGCUCGUCGACAUGGUCCCCGAAAUGUUGCACAACGACGCGGGCGAGCACGGCUUCAGCCACUGCGGCUACUUCCUGCUGCAGAACGCCGGCAUCCUCCUGGGCUUCGGCGUCAUGCUCCUCAUCGCCGUCCUGGAGCACACCGUCCGGCUGGACCUGCGCUUCUGACGCCGGUGCCGAGCUUUUUCUCGUUUUCUUUUUUUGUUGUAGUUCUGCGUCGCCACGGGCCAGCCGCAGAACUUCUCCGACGGGAUUGGACUGUUGGAAGCGGCUGGCCUCUGACAAAAGGCUUCGAUAGGUCACUCUUGGAAUUUUUUUCUUUCUUCCUUUUUACUUUUAAUUUAUUUUCAUAUUUUGUAGCCGUUUUGCGUUCCUCAUUUUUGUAGUCGUGCAGGGCCGUUUUGAAAUGUGCGGCGGUGCCUUGAGAGGUUUGGUUCCAUCUGUCCUCUGCUGCCCCCGUGUGGCCAAUGUGGGCACGCCACUAGGAGCAACGCAAUAGCCAUUAAAUUGAAGGAGUGGCAGAAACGGUUGAACUUUUGAGUUCUGUUGAACAAAAUGGACGUUCGGAUGUCCUGACUUACUUUUGUUUUCCAAAUGUAAAAUAUUAGCGGAGGCUGUUUUUGUUAUUCAAGGGGAGGCCGCAGCAGAUGAUCAAAACUUUCAAAAUGCCUUUCGGUGAGCAAAGAUGAUGCACCAGGUUGUGGGUUCAAAUCCGUUUGAAUUCCCCGUGGGCCAGCGCUCGCGUGUUCCUGCGGUUCCGGGCGUUCCCCGCCUCUCGCCCCAAAGGUGGCCCGUGACGCUCGUGAGGAGGAAAACAAAAUGGCUGGAGAAAGUUGCCAGCGCGAGGAAAUGCAACUGAAGUCAUCUUAAGGCACCACCGCGUUUGCGUUUCUGCCGACAAAAUUCAUUGGACACCAGAAUUCAAGUCGGUCCUGGAAAAAUGAGGAGAACACCUUUUUGUUCGGUUUUGUUUUCUUCCCCCUUUCUGUUGAGGUCAAAACUGUCUUGGGUGUGCGCGCGCAUUGCACAAAGUAUCCCCAACGAAAGCAAAAACUCCAAAGCGGACCUCUGAGUCUGCGUGCAAUGUGACAUUCCACAAAUAAACGCGGUCGCCAAG